AUGGGCUUGGGAAUAAACAAACCCGCCGACACGCCCGGCAAGGCGUGGCCUGCGAUCUGCAUUGGACUCUUUGUGUCGUUUGGCGGGGUGUUGUUCGGAUAUGAUACCGGCACGAUCUCCGGCAUCCUGGCCAUGCCGUAUUGGAUCGAAGAGUUCAAGACGGGUAGCAAUGAAGGGAUCACGCCCGCGCAGGACUCGCUCAUCGUGUCGCUUCUGUCGGCAGGGACGUUCUUUGGGGCGUUGUUCGCGGCCCCAGCAGCAGAUCUCCUCGGCCGCAAGCUCGGUCUCAUCGCUUUAGCGGGGAUUGUCUUCAACCUGGGCGUGAUUCUGCAGACGGCGGCUACGGCUCAGCCGAUGUUCAUUGCUGGGAGGUUCUUUGCUGGAUUGGGGGUUGGGUUGAUCAGUGCUAUGGUUCCGCUUUAUCAGAGUGAGACGGCGCCGAAGUGGAUUCGAGGUGCUGUUGUCGGCGCAUAUCAGUGGGCCAUCACCAUCGGCCUCUUCCUCGCCGCCAUCGUCAGCUACGCAACGGGCCAACGCAACGACUCCGGCUCCUACCGCAUCCCCGUCGCCGUCCAAUUCGCCUGGUCCAUCGUAAUCUGCGUCGGCCUGAUCUUCCUCCCAGAAACCCCACGCUUCCUCAUCAAGCAAGACAGGCACGAGAAAGCCGCCUCAAGCCUUGCGAAACUCCGUCGUCUCCCACCAGAUCACCCGGCUUUGGUCGAGGAGCUGAGCGAGAUCCAGGCGAAUCACGCAUAUGAGAUGAGUCUUUCCAAGGCGACGUAUCUGGAUUGCUUCAAGGGGACGGUGGGAAAGAGGUUGCUUACGGGGUGCAACAACAACUACGGGACGCAGUACUUCCAGAACGCCGGUUUCCAAAGCGGAGGCUUCACCAUCCAGGUCAUCACCAACUGCGUCAACGUCGUGUCGACCCUCCCCGGGCUGUACCUCGUAGAGAAGAUGGGCCGGCGGAAUCUCCUCCUGAUGGGCGCCAUCGGCAUGGCCGUCUGCCAGUACAUCGUCGCCAUCACGGGUACCGUCGCAGGCGUCGAGAACCUCGCCGCGCAACGCGCGGCCAUCUCCUUCGUCUGCAUCUAUAUUUUCUUCUUUGCCUCCAGCUGGGGUCCCGUCGCCUGGGUCGUAACAGGCGAGAUGUUCCCCCUCACCGUCCGCGCCAAGUGCCUCUCGAUGACCACCGCCACGAACUGGCUCCUCAACUGGGCCAUCGCCUACGCAACGCCCUACAUGGUCAACGAGGAAUACGCCAACCUGCAGUCCAAAGUCUUCUUUCUGUGGGGGUCCUUCUGCUUCGUGUGCAUCGCCUUCGUGUGGUUUAUGAUUUACGAGACGAAGGGGUUGUCGCUGGAGGAGGUGGAUGAGCUGUUUGAGGUUUGUGGCAAGGCGUGGGAGAGUAAGAAGUUUAGGCCAAAGGUUAGUUUUAGGGAGGUGGUGGAUGUGAGGGAUGGGGAGGGGAGAGGGAUGAGUCUUGCGGAGGCGACGGAAGCGGUGCAGAGGAAGAAGAGUGUCACGCAUGUGGAGGAGGGGUUGGAGAAGUUGGAGUAG